GUGUGACAGUGGAUCAUUUGUUUUGCCUUGAUACAUAGAUGGAGAGGUGGAGAGAAGUCACAGCAGUCCAUGUGCUUGGGGUGUGAAGACAUGGCAGACACCUGAUCAAGGCUCUCGCAUAACUAAACAGGUGCCAGAAAAACGAGGCUUUCUAGCCAACGAAAGCGACAGACCUAUAGGCUGGCCAGCUCUGAGGAGGGGCUGGAAUACCAACAGGGUUUCAGCUUUCCCUGGGGGCAGUCAGUCCACAGAGACCAGCUCAGACCCCAGUGGGAAGUCCCAUCUGGUGAAAACAAGCAGCACAGAGUGCCCCAAGAAAACUCCUUUGCAUCAAACAACCGCUGCUGAUCUUUGCAAACCACCAACUCUGCCGCAAGCGACAAACAGUACAGAAACGUACAAGUCAUGCACUCCUUUGCAUAGAGCAAGCGCUGUUCAACCAUUAAAGGCAACAGCACCGCUCUGUAGUACUGACACUAGCUCUAAUAUAACUACUAUCAUCCCUCAGAGCAAAGCCAGUUUCUCGUCAAUCACCAUUUCCUCCAGGAAGGUGUGCAGAUCGGCAAGUUUGCCAGGGUCACACGAAAAUUCUCCUCGGAUCCGUGAAUCCCAGUCAGAAAAAUCCAUGGACCCAAACUCCAGGCAGGUCACAGUGCAAAGGAAGGCCACAAUAGUUAAAGUGACAGAGCAAAGGAUGGUUUCUGGGCCUGUCUCUGGCAUACAAAAUGCCAAGACGCCGCCUGUUAGCCAGGCUUUGGAUACAGUUGUCCAAAGACGAAAGGCUACAAUCAUCAAAGUGACUGAGCACAGGGAGAGGUACACCCCGAGAAACCCUGAGUUUAGACACAGCUACACAGAAGGACUAUACAAGGAAAACAGCAUGCAGAGUCAAGGAAACCACUCACAGCACAAUGCCUGCCCUUCGUAUCCCCAACUGGCCUCUGCAAAGACGCCAGACACAUCUGCUCAAGAACUGGAGAAAAAUGGUGGGACUCUACAUAGAUCCACUCUGAAUCUAUUUGUGAGCAACCCCCCUGCUGUAGCAACACCAGCUCCCUCCGAGCUUCCUCUGCGGGCUGUUGGACAGAGAUCGGAGAGGCCGCAAAGACCGCAGAGCUGCUACGGCAAUGUGUUUGGACACUCUGCAGCAAGUGAGGAUGAUGUGACAAAACCAGUUGCCAGGAAAUGGAGCUUUGGGCUUCCACUAGAGACCAAAAUCAACCCUGCAAACUCGGGCGGUGGUUUCAUCAGCUCUCAAACGGCAGGGAUAGAAGCAGGUCAGCUGGAGGCGGAAACCUUCAAGCCAAACGGAAGCGAGAAAGACGAAAGACUGCCGCCAGAGAAUGCAGGGAGGAGAGCGUCCCCCUGUCUAACUCUCAUCAAGGCCCCCGAUCCUGGCUCAAAUCAGUCUCCAGAGGAAGUGCUUGCCCUCAAUGCAGCUGCCAUCAUCGCAAAUAUCAAACUCCAAAGACAACUCAGUAAGAAGAAAACACAGAAUGGAAGCUCUGAAAAGGACACCACGGCAUCAGCAUCACCUCAGGGAAAUACGGUGACAGAUGAGGGGACAUGCAUGGAGCCAAAUCCAGAUCAAAGCCCAGUCCAGCACCAGAGCCAGCCUCAUGCUGCAUUUGUUCCUCUAAGCCAGGAAUCAAAAAGGUCAACUGAAACUAUUUCUCUACAGGAGGCUCUGCAGAGGUCCAGACCAGACUUCAUCAGUCGUUCUCAGGGCAGAAUGCGAGAACUGGAGCGGAGGGCACAGGAGAGGAAGGAGCUGGCCAAGACAAGAGGCCCACAGUCUGAUGCUGCUCGUCGGCAGAGGAGAUCCCCCAGUGCCCGGUUCUCCUCUCUGAAUGAUAACCUUUCCAAACCCAGAGAUAGAGCCAUUACCGGGAAAGAGAUGCAGCCCAGAUCUAAGCGACUACCUGUGGAGGUGAAGAGGAAAAAGGAAGAAGAGAAGAAAAGGGAGGUGGUUUUGAGUAACAAACAGCGAGUUGAACUUUUCAAAAAGAAACUGUUGGACCAGAUUCUUCAUAGGAAGAGCAGCUGAAUGGCUGACAACAGACUGACAGUAUAUCACUUGGAUGAAGAGAACGUUGAUGUUUGACAGUACUGAAUAUGAAUUGAAACCCCCGUGUCUGUUUCUAUGUGCUCAGCCUUCUUUCCUGUACAAGCAUUAUGUUUGGGCUAGAGAGCUUGACAUCUGUUUUUCUGAGAGACAAAUCCGGGGCAAUCUUUCAAAAACUCAGAAGGUUAUUCGACAAAACUUAGCGAAGGUUUUUCCAGAACCUUCAAAGACUCUUUUGCCCAUCUGGAUUAAAAAUAUUCGGAUGCCCUUAGGCAGAAGCGUCCUAAAGGAUUCUCAAAUUACCUUCAGAAAGUUUUGUUGGAUGACCUUGUGGGUCUCUAAAAGAUUGCCGUAGAUUUGUCUUUGUGAAAAACAGCCGCUUAUCUCCGAGGCUCAGCUGUGCUGGCUGCCCUUGUGGUUCGCAAUUACAAAUGAAGAUGGUCAAAGAGAAUGUAGUGACUGAAAUCAUGUCUCAACAGUCGACUUUGGUGUAAUCUCAUAUCAGCUCUAGCCCCUUUUGAUGCAACAUCUAAAACCGGUAAUGUAUGCUGUUUAUCUGCGUUAUCUGGUUUUCACUUGAUUGCAAAUUGCCUUUCUUUCCAGAAUACUUCCCAUAAUGAGAUGCAGAGUAACCCCACGAUAGCGCACUGAUGUCCUCAUGCAGCCACUUUCACAUGAUCUCAUGUGAUGUGAAGCAGUGAUAUAAGACAGAAUCAUUCAUUAUGCCUCACAGGGUCCUCAUCCAGGACAGUCUUCAACCGCCAUCCUCAUUAUACAAGCACUGAGGACGAAGGAGCCUGGAGUGGGCUCUGCCAUCAUCCUUUGCCAGCUAUUAGCGGCAAAGCUGGAGGAAUGUGACCUCUUCUGGCUGGUUAAUGGACAGCGCUGAUUUGAAUGACGCUUUGUCUGUGUCUUUGUCUAUGAUGGGCCGGAGCCUGUCAUCGCAGAUUUAGAUUUGUGCGUUUUGAUCCUGCCCUCAAAGUGAGGCUUUAAAAUAAGACAGAGCUGGGCGUAAAUCAAAAGUGAGAUGUGAGCGUAUUUAUUUUUGAAGCCAUAGAAUACUGAGCUGCAACUGUUGACAGUAUUGUUAAUUGUUUUUUACUCAUUAGCCUUUAAUUUGGAGCUGUUACACAGUCCAGCUGUUCCAUCAUCUAUCUAAAUUUUCACUGAUGUCUUUGGCAGACAGAUGAUUGCUCAUGAUCAUUAUUUAAGCCUUAAUUUAUGAGAGACCGCAUGUGUGCAUUUGGAUAGUGAGAGAUUAUUUCUAACAAGAUUGAUGGCGCAUACAUCUUUCUUCUUUCCUUUAUAUAAGUAUUUUUGGACUUGUAAGUGAAAGAUA